AUGGGUGGUGCUGGUAAGACCAUGCUUGCUAAAGCUAUAUUUCAAGAGUUGAAAGCUCAAUUUGACACUUUCUCCUUUAUUGAAAGUGUUAAAGAGCUUCAACGCAAAAAGAUUCUUCUUAUACUUGAUGAUGUGGAAAAUUUGAUAAUAGCCGAAGAUUUAAGUAGAGUGUGUGAUUGGUUUGGGGAAGGAAGUAGAAUUAUUAUCACAUCAAGAGACAUGCAAGUACUUAAGCAUGCUUCUGCAUUUUCAACAUAUCAUGUUCUGGAUUUGGAUUUUGAUGAUGCCUUUCAUCUCUUUAGUUUGAAAGCAUUCAAGCAAUAUGAGCCAUUUAAAGGUUACAUGGGGUUAUCAAAAUCAGUAGUGAAAUAUUGUCAAGGAAACCCAUUAGCCCUAAUAGUGCUGGGUUGCUUUCUCUAUGGCAGAGGGAAAGAAGAGUGGGAAAGUGCUUUGGACAAACUAAAUCAAACUCCCCACAAGAACAUCGUUGAUGUUUUGAAGUUGAGUUUUGAUGGACUUGAUAACAAACAACAAAAUCUUUUUCUUUACUUGGCAUUCUUAAUCAAUGCAAGAGUUUAUAAGUCUUUUGAUCUAAUAAGACAAUUAUACGGCUCUUCUGUGCAUAUUGAGAUGAGUGUUCUUAGAGAGAGAUCGCUCAUUUCGGUUUCUCAAAAGGAAAAGAUUGGGAUGCACGAUCUUGUGUUGCAAAUGGGCUUUGAAAUUGCUAGACAGCAGUUAUUCUCUAGUCCUAAGACCCCUGUUCGACUAUGGAGGCAUGAUGAGAUUGAGGCAAUUCGAUGCAUGUCAUUGGACGCGAGCAAGAUAAAAAGGAUUGCAUUGAGAGCUAGUAAUUUCCAAAAGAUGUAUAAUUUAAUAUUUCUGAAAGUUUACAAGUCUGAUCGGGAAAAGCCUUCAAGGUUGAAUAUUUGUGGAGAUUUGGAUUAUCUUUCAGAAGAGAUAAGGUUUUUCAGUUGGGAAGAAUAUCCACUACCAUAUGUCCCACUACAAUUUUGUGCCGAGAAUCUUAUUACACUUGAAAUGCCUUAA